AUGAUCUUCGAUCCUCUGGACAACAUCCAUCUCCGUGCCCGCAAAAUCAUCGAGAAAUGUCCUAACAGCCCAAGCGGUCGCUGGGUCCUCCCUGGAAAUGAACUACUGCCUGAAGAGAACCCGUAUGUGCGUUUUCUUCAGCUGCAAGGUAACCAGUGUCGCAUGCCCGCUCUUCUCCAUUCAAAGGAGACCCUUGAGUUCUUGGGACUCGACGCCUUCUUGGCCGAAAAGUGCUGGGUUAGCUGGACACGCCUGCAGCAGAACCAGCGUCAGACCAUGCCGGCACCACCUACUCAAGUGCAGUCAAGCUACGAGCAGUCAAAGCCUGCUCAGUCAAGCAUGCCGGCGCUGCUUGCUCUCGUGCAGACGCAAAUGCUCGACCUCUUCGCGAGUGAGUGGAAUCGCGAGCUCUCGCCGGAAGAGCGUGCGAGGCGCCUUGAAUCCAGCAACUCGCGGACCAAUUCCAACGGGUUGCCUUUCGGUCCACAGCAGGUGCCCAACGGGCAGCAAGCAAACAACUCUGGACCAGGAAAUCUCAUGAUGCCGCAGCAGGAUUGCACUGCGACCGACUGGGGACAGUUUCCGAUGGCGACAUCCAGCGACAACAUGGGAGUGGCAACCAACAACAACAACAACAUGACGGCGCCAUUCAACAAUGACAUGUGGGCAACCUAUCCGGACGGCACUAUCCCGAUUCCCCAGGACCAAACCUUCGGGCCCUCGAACCAGCCGACCGGAGAAUCGGUCCCAGCCGCCAACGCUGGACCCUCCACCUUGCAGCGAAAUCCCAGCAGCAGCAGCGAUAGCGGCUACAGGAGCAGGAGAAGCAGCAGUGGCAGCGACAGCGACAGCAGCGUCGACGCGGGGCGCAACGGACCCCUCAGCAGCCUCGCCGCCGGCCUGGCCCUCACGACCUCCCUCGAGCAGAUCCCGCUCCUGGGCCCCCAUUCCGACACCACCAACUGCGACCUUGUCAACAGAACCUUCGAAGCGCAGGUGUCGCGCUUUUUCGGACUGAGGCCCGAGGCGGCGUGGCACGCGUACCACGUCAUGACGAACCUCCCAUUGCGGCAGUACGUGGGGCUGGAGACCGAGAUGGCGAAGAUGGACUGGGCCGUUUUUUGGGCCAUCUUCGACGCCAUCCUGACCGUCGACGCGCUCAUGGCCGUGGUCGUCGUGCCGCGAUUCGAGCUGCUACUGCAGACGAAGCGCAUCAGCGAGUACCGGGCGGAGAAGAUGUGGCCGCCGAUGGCGGUGACUGCGGUGCCGCGCUGUGUCGAUCCGGUCGUCGUGCCGGCCUCGCAGUCUGGUUCCGCCCCACAGGACCCGAUGGCAGCCGUUGAGCAGCACCUCCAGGGCUACAUUGACAGCCUCCGUCUCCAAGGCGUCAAUGCAAACGACUGUGCUUGGAUCACCAACAUGAACUACAAGCACGACAUGUCGUCGGAGUGGCUUGCGUCGCCGAUCCAUCGGUACAUCGACGACAAGAACGCAAAAGAACAAGCGGAAGCGCGGAGGAGGAACAACGGCAUCCAGAGCACUGGUGACGAUGGUGAUGUGGUGGUGGAUAAUCCGCAGCAUGAGAGGAAAAAGCUGAAGGCGGAGAUUGCGUGGGACUUUCUCAAGGAAGUGUGCUGGCAGGAUAUGCCCAUGGGCAACCUUUGGGAUGUGGCGCAUGUGCCUGAUGCAACCCCUCCCCCCAACCUCUCUGUAUAA